AUUUUCUAUUCAUGCUGUGCAGUAUAGCGAGUAAAACACACAGCAACCACCCGCUUGAUACACAAUCUUACUUUUUUAAUAGUGCCGUAGUGAAUAUACAAAGUGGUUUAGUGCUUAGUAUCUAGUAAUAAAUCAGUCUACUCUAAGUUAUUCUAUCUAGGGACGACCUCGGGUACUUUGUAAUGUAAGGAAUGCUAAUCAUAACCAGUGUUGUUCAUAUUGUGUUGUCCACAUCAAAAAGGGGUGUCUGUGAAAAGUGAUCGAUCAAUAUUUUGAUAACAGCUGCUGUAAACAAGGAGCGACCGUGAUGCUUGUAUUAACAAACCUCCACAGGCAGGAUUAUUGUUUUGAAAAUGAGCGAAGCAAAUCACUGCUGAAAAUCCUUGAGACUUAAAUGAAAAAUUAAGUGUGUUUAGGCAUCUAGCCAAGGAUUAACAGAUGCAGCGAGACGUGAGUGCUGUGGUCAUCAAGUAAAAAGUUUAGUAAUGAGCUGAGGAUGAAUAAUUCGUGGGUAAUAAAACACAAUAAUUGAAGAAUCCGAAGAAAUCUCAGUCAAAAACAGCUCACAGUCUUCGUUCUCCCAUCAGUGUUGAGCCAAGUCGAAGCACCAACACAUAGUUGAACUUGAAACUGACUUCAGCCUCAGUUGGAUGGUGUUAGUCUGUUAGUUGUUGGCAUACUCAUCGAGUUUCGUCAACAAUUAUGGGAUCGAAAGCAGUGAAAACGUCAGUUUUGCUGCGACUGAGCUCGCGUGUGUUCUGGCCCACUGCUACCGCCGCUAAUUCGGUGAAUAGUGCGUUCAAUUCGCUGUUAUUCUCCGGUGGGAUAAAAUCGCGCCAACCAGCCGCAAACUCGGUAUUAACUCCAAAGUGCGUUCGAUACUAUUCACGCUAUUCAGCUAAUAGAAUCAUGACCGGUGCUGAUACAUUUAGAUUCUCAGACUACGACUGUGUAGGCCUCGAUUUAGAUAACACUUUACUACGAUAUCAUAUAGGAAAUGUGAUAGAGCUGGAAUAUGAGAUCAUGUCUAGAUAUUUAGUAGAGCAGCGAGGAUAUCCUGGUCGAUACUUGCUACAACCACUGGAUGUGGACUUCCUGCAAAAAGGGCUGGUCAUAGAUUUUCAGCGAGGAAACAUCCUGAAAUUAGGCCCUGAUGGAACCAUUCAUCAGGCUGCACAUGGAACGAAAAAAAUGGCCGAAGCGGAAAUAAUCGCCUAUUACGGUGAUGAAAAACGGUGGUCUAUUACGACGGAAUACUGUGAAAAUAUGCUAGUGGCAUGGAACGGCCCUUUAUCCGGAAAGAUUCGAACUGUGUUAGAUUAUUUCGAUAUUUGUGCGACACUACUAUUUGGUAGAAUCAUAGACACGUUAGACGAAGAUGCUCACGAACGUAUAGGGCACUACAAUGUAUGGCCAGACGUGCUCGAUGCCUUGGUCAGUAUGUACUCGAGAGAACAUUUUGGCCAAAACGUCGGAGGCUACUUCGAAGCGCUGAAAAACCAUCCGGAUAAAUAUUUGCAAAAAGCAUCACCAAAACUAAUUUCAUGGCUGAGAGAACUAAGAAAAGCAAAAACCACCUUCCUUAUCACUGGAUCGCAUAUGGAUUUUGCUAACUUCACGGCUUCCUACGCUCUUGGGCCUGACUGGCCAGAACUAUUCGACGUCGUAGUUGGAUUCGCCAAGAAACCCGGUUUUUUUUUUGGUGCAAAGCCCUUUGUUCGACUGGAAGGCACUACUGAAACAGAGCCACUGACACCCUCCCAGCUGGAGCGAAAUCACAUGUAUUCACAGGGCAAUUGGCGAGAUCUGACAGUCCUAUUGCAGCGUCUGUCGCACAAACAGAAUCCUCGAUAUCUUUACGUAGGGGACAAUCUUAUUCAAGAUGUUUACACACCGUCCAAAUUUACCAAAGCUGAUACGAUAGCAAUCGUCGAAGAAAUGACGGCAGAAGGGAUGAAGGGCAACCCACUCAGGCAUCCAGAUGCACUCUAUCUGCAGUCCGACUUCUGGGGCUCCUAUUUCGUGGCCAAUGCAAAUCCUCGAUGCCAAGAGGAACCAUCGUUAUGGGCUGACCUUAUCAAGCGACAUGCUCGUAUUUGUGUACCCACCAUGGAUGAAAUUAUCCAAUAUCCACUAGAUCACAGUUUCAACAGUUUUACCGAAAGCUUAGCUUGUGUCGAUGGUUACUAUCCGGCGGAGCCGAUGAAACUGGUCAAUUAGAAUUAGAAGUUUGUUAAGUUUGUUGGAAAAUGCAUGUAGAAUCGGUUAAGGUACAUUGAUUGAUUACAGUGAGAAAAGUUAAAUUGUUAUCCGCCUGACCUUUAUUUGACCUAUCGAGUAUCGACCAGAGCUGGUAGCAGUUUGUUUUUGUGAAGGGAGAGCAGUAAAACAAUUGAUCUUUCGGAAGUAAGGGCGAUUUUGUUUACACAUUUAUAUAUAGAAGCUUUGCAUACAGUCGGAUUGACGCUUAAAAAUAGUUUACAGGCGAAAAUGAAACCAAAUUGUGCAUUCUAAACGCAGCUAGAAUUUUGUCGUGCUGUACAAUGCAGUUGCUGGGUGUUGAAAAUAUAUGUACACGUACUCAAAAGCCUCAACGGUUCGAUGAAUUUCAUAUAGUGUAUGUUUUUCUAUGUUCAAAUUCGAGUAGAUCUAUUUUGUUAAUGUUAUAUUCUAAUGUAUUGAGUAACUCCAGAAAAUUAACACAAUGCACAAAUUUUAAAUUGCCUGAGGAGGUUAAUAAAAACGAAAGGACAAGAAUUCGUUAAUAAAUCUAGCAUUUAUUUCUGUGUAUUGAAGCUUUUUAGCAAACUAUCCAGUUAAAUUAAACGAGAUUUUGAGAAAAAUAUAUGGUGAUAUAUGGCUUUAUCCCAGGGCAUAACCCUGGUUUUAUUACUUAUUUAAAAAUGUAAACAGAUUUUAUAACAUAGGUUUUUAAUUGUUAAUUUAAACUUUUUAAAUGUUCUGGGUUAAAUGGCUCGUUCGAGUAACGUUUACGUAAGUCCACGCUGAGUGGAUAACAAUGAUCAAAUUAAUGCAAAGAGAAGUAAUCUCUAGUCGACGCCGGAACCCAUUGUUGGUUUUUGUGAUUAGCAAUGCACGUUGUCAUUCGUUUUGCAUAUGGUAGAUUCACACAGUAGAGCAAAGUGGUGAAAGUAAAUCAAUUUAUUACCACUCUCCAAUAAAACUAAUAUUAGGAGCACUGUAAUGCACAAAAUUUUUGACUUUUUUGAGCAUAUAGAAAAAGCGAAAGUAAACCAAUAAUGUUUCAAUGUAAGCUUAAUAAGCAAAUACAGGAACUCAAUAUUCCCACAAAAACGUAGCUAAAAAAUCAGAUAAAUCCACGUAAAUACCCUUCUCUAAUCACAUCUCGUUGAUUCCUAUUCGUUACAAGAGAUAAAAAGCCAAUGAUACAUUUGCUAUUUGUUGCUAUGCAUCCGCUUAUUGUUUUAGUAAGAGCGACGACUAAAUAUUUGAAGUAUUUGAUAAGCGCUAGUUAGCAUUCAGAAUGAUGUCUCCGCAUCGUAAUGAGCAGUACAGUAGUGCAUCGAAACUGAAGUCACGGUUUCGAGUGCUUAGUUGAGAUUGACAAUAAAUAAUUUAUAGCUGAAGUGUGUACUAUUCCCUUGCCCUAUCAAUUUUCUUUUCAAAAGACCCUACUCACUAUUGAUGAAUAUUAGCUCUCAAAGAGCCCUAGAGAAUACCUACUGUAAUUAUUUUAGAUAAUCAUAGCAAUGCAAUUGUUCAUAGUGAUCUUCUUAGUGUUCAGAUCAUACUCAAUGAGAUAAUCAAAAAUGAGUGAGCAACUCAAUUUGUGCAAAUAAACCGUUUUUGUCAACCUGUCUCAAUUUCCGUCUUUGUAUCUUAUAGCAGAUGAUGACAACUUUCUUUCGAUGUUCGAUGUAGGACUACGCCUGUCUUGACUAGAAUAGCUACUUCAACUGGAGAUUUUUGUCGGCGAGCGGAAGGGAUAGUAUUGGCUUGCUUACACAAGAUAAAAGCUUAAUAUCAUAACUUUAUAGCUUCGUGAUUUUUCUUGCUGGGCAAGACAAUUACAAAAGCAACCAUGAUGAAAAUGAUAAAAUGAAUCAUUCACAGUAGGGACAGCUAUGAUACGCUUGUCCACAGAAGCCGCAUCAUAUUCGUACAAAAGUAUCGGAGAAUUGUAUUCUUGUUAUAAAUGUAAGAGAUACCUUAAUUAUUGAAAAGGACAAAUAUUGUUGAUCGCUGUUUUGAACUUAAGCCCUUUUCAGAUUAGAUAACUAUCAUACCAGCAUUGGAGGAGCAUAUCGCAAAGAUGUCCGGCAGAAAAUCCAAACAACCCGUCAAGAUGACACUAAAAAAGAGGCGUGCUCAACGUAACCAGCUGCAAACGUUAGCGGAGAACCAGAUGAUGAAAAGUUCCAGCGAUCUGUGAAUUUACGCGUAGGAUAAAUCACACUCUAAAUUUUAAGGUAAAUAAAAAUGAAUACAAAGUA